GGUUGACAGCAAUGCAUAACUUGUGCAAUGAGGAAUAAGAUUAUGUUUACGUCGCUUUGUGAACCGUUCAACGUGUAUUCGGAGCCGUAAGACAGCUUCGUUGAGUUGUGUAGCACGAUGAAGUUACGAAGGAACCCGGCCCUAACAGCAAGUUCAGGAAUAUCGUUAUCAUUAAUAUUUCAUUAAUCUUCCAUCGUGACGCUUGCUUGAAGUAUUGCUUAGAGCUACCGUCAUCAUGAAGCUCUUACGACUUGGGCUCGUUGCCUCUAGUGUUGGACUCCCGUUCGCAUUCGGGGCGAUCCGCCGCGACCUUAACAAGAGGAAUGUCGAAAUAGCCCAGAUUGACCAUGACAGUCGCAUCGAUCAAAGAAGCCAGGAGAUCCUCUUCAAAGAGGCCGACUCCGACUUCGAAGAUGUUUUCCGGUGCGUCGGGGGUACCGGCAAGCGUCUCACAUUCGACGCGGACCAGGUAUUCGUGGCUUGCUGCGCGCCUGGCCAGAGACUGCUUGGGAGCGUCGAUACCGCGUUUGACUGCUGUUCCGAGGGUCACGAUUUAGUUGGGAGCGACCAUACCGGCUAUAGAUGCUGUCCUAUAGGCCAGUCCUACGACGGUAUUAGAUGUGGCUGGGUUUGCAGUGGUGGAAAGGUUAUGGUGGAUGGCCAGUGUGCCUGUCCGCUGGGCACGAGUCCGACCGCAGAUGGUGGCUGCAGGGGACCAAUAGGUUGCGAUUCUGGCAUCACUACCGGAAAAUGCUACGCCUUCAAGAUGGAAACCGGGCAUACAUUCGGCUACGACAGCAUACAAUUACACUACAGCGCAGCCGACCACUCCAGCCAGCACCGUAUCGGGCGCUUUAAGAUCUGCGGGAACGAAAUCUGCACCAUAGGCCGCGCCGUGAACCCCAACGACCCCGUACAUAUCAAAGACGUGCAGGGGACCGCGCACCAGAGCUCAGAAAGUCAAGGGAGUCAGUGGCUUAAUGGGGCCUCGGACGGGAACCAUAUUGGACGAACCUCUUUAUAUGGCGAUUCCGGUGUGUUCACACUUACAAAGUGGUCAUGCGGCAAGUACUGUCUUGGAGGCUUCGGGAAAGGAAUCAGCUACGCGUUCCCGAGCGAGACCCCUUCGAUCACAUUUACCUUGGACAGACAGGCAUGCACACCUAUCGAGAUUAUCGAAGUGCCCUGCGAUAUCCAUAAAGUCGAGAAUAAUUGCAUGUGGGAGAAGGUACCUGGAAGCUGUGGUCCAGGGGAUAGUAACAGUUGCCGCUGUUCUAAGAGUUAGAGGUUCUACUUGCAGUUUAUAUAGGGGCAUUUGGUUGGGUUCGGGUUAUUAUGCAUUGGUGAUUCAUGGCUGGAGUCUGGCUUGGUUGAUUGGAUUUGGGGUCUAUCUUUUAAGAUUUUCAUUUGGGUAA